GCGCGGACGGACGUGCCUGGAGCGCCGCAGCCGCCCGCAGCUCAGCAGCGCGCCCGGGCCGCGCCCGCCCGCCCGCCAUGGUGUCAUGGAUCAUCUCCCGGCUGGUGGUCCUUAUAUUUGGCACCCUUUACCCUGCAUAUUAUUCCUACAAAGCUGUGAAGUCGAAGGACAUUAAAGAAUAUGUCAAAUGGAUGAUGUACUGGAUUAUAUUUGCACUUUUCACCACAGCAGAGACAUUCACCGACAUCUUCCUUUGUUGGUUUCCAUUCUAUUAUGAACUAAAAAUAGCAUUUGUAGCCUGGCUGCUGUCUCCCUACACAAAAGGCUCCAGCCUCCUGUACAGGAAGUUUGUACAUCCCACGCUGUCUUCAAAAGAAAAGGAAAUCGAUGAUUGCCUGGUCCAAGCAAAAGACCGAAGUUACGAUGCCCUUGUGCACUAUGGGAAGCGGGGCUUGAACGUGGCGGCCACAGCAGCAGUGAUGGCUGCUUCCAAGGGACAAGGUGCCUUAUCGGAGAGACUCCGGAGCUUCAGCAUGCAGGACCUCAGCACCAUCAGGGGAGACGGUGCCCCUGCUCCCUCGGGACCCCCACCACCGGGGUCUGGGCGGGCUAGCGGCAAACAUGGCCAGCCUAAGAUGUCCAGGAGUGCUUCUGAGAGCGCUGGCAGCUCAGUAUGUACCUGCUGCUCCAGCUGCAGGACCUGGAAAGUGGUUGAGGGAGAUGUGAAUGAGGGUGGUGUGAAGGCAUGGGAGCCCCACCAGGUCCAAAACCCAUUGGCGUUUUCUGAUGAGGAGGAAGAGGAGGAAGACCUGCUGGAUUUCAUGUACAAGUAUAAGGCCCCUCGAAAGACGGAGUUCCCCCUGGAGGCACCGCCUAGAAUCCUUCGAUCUCGCUUCAGGAAGAAAAGUACCUCAUCCUUGGCCACUGAAACCACGUGAGUGAGAUGAGCCAACAGCAAUGGAUCCACAGAAUGUUUCUUCUCUGCCUUAAAGAGCUACUCACUAAUAACAUAGCAAUCCGCAAGCUGGUGUGCUUUGUGUGUGCAACCUCACAGACACGGCCUUUUCUCUCUCCCCUCUUCCAAGAUUUUUCCCCCUUCUCUUUAUUUUGCUGGGGAGAGGCUAACGGGAAAGGUAGUGUGUGUGGGGGGUGAUCUUUAAGUCUUCUGAGGUUAACACUUUUCCAGUUGGGUUGUCAUUAGACAGCAGUGUGUUUUUAGCACGGUAAGAGGAUCCCCCCCUACACACUUCUGAGAUGUACAUUUGUAAUUUAUUUGUUGCAUACUUUGUUUUUAGUCCUGUAAAUGCAAACAAAGCAAUUUUUUAAAACUUUUUUUGUUCUUGGUACUAAUACUUUGGACUACAAUGUACAUACUUAUGGCUUUUGGCUUAAACUAAUGGACUCGCAAGGGCUGCCAGAGGUUCUGAUAUGUAAGACAACUGCAAAAACAGAAGUGUAAAAAAUUUUUUGAUUCUAGAGAAUGUCUCAGACGUGCUUAUAAAGCUUCCAAAUACAACUCCAGUAAAACAUCCCUUUUCCUGCAGGAUGAUGGUCCAUGUCUUCAGACAGUUGUUUAGUCAAUAUACAGAAAAGUUUAGAAUGAAGAAAAACAGUAUUUUAGUGACAGAGAGGAGUGUAAUAAGGUCAGGAGAACAGUCUAGAAUAAGAGAAGAGUCACGGAAAGCUUGUCUCCCUUUUGGAUUCAGGAUUAGGAACCUCUGAAUCCUUUGGGAGAUUUACCAUUGCCUGAGGCAGGUGGUCACCCUUGAUGAAACUUCUUGGGGGAUGUGGACUCAGCAGUUGUGAGGAGUCAUUUGAGUGCUUCAGAAGUGCUUGGCGAAUGACUAUUUCUCCUUCAUAGUAACCAGUGCUGUGAUUUUUCUCCAGGUGGAGGAGCCUACAGUCUGAGCACCUUGGUUUAGAGAACACUAAGCAAACACCAACCCAUCAACCAAAACAAAACCAAACCUAGGACUGUGCUUUUUUUCAGAUGUGCUAUAAAAUACAUCUGAGACACAUGUGUAACAAUCAAAACGCUGGGUUCUAGGAAGGUUUCAGAGGUUGAGAUCUUUAAGGAUAUGACUUGCUGCUCAGCUCCAUGGGCAGCUGUGGCUCAUGCCCUCCUGUUCCCUUCCUGGCUUGUGCAGAAUGUGAACAAGAGAGAAGUCGCAAGCUCACGGGCACUCCAGGUCUUAAGUGACAUUGUAUACAAGCCCAGAUCAGUUAGUAGGAGAAUCAAGCACUAUCUGAGGGGACUCCCUGCGUAGAUUGAGAAUUUUAUCUGAAAAGACGAAUCUGGUUUAAAUAGCAUUUGGGUCCAAGGUAGCUGCUCUCCCCUUGUAGAGUUGAGCCUAAA